AUGGCUUCCUCGCGUGCCAUUAUGAUACUUUCCUUGUUUGUGUUGGCAUUGCCGCACUCUGUUGUGCAGGCUAGGAUGAUACCAAAUGAUCAACCACAGAUGCUCGCCGAGAAUACGAUCGGUUCACCUCCAUACUCGUCAUCUCCAGAUUUGCUUCAAGUGUUCAUGGCGCCACCACCGCCAAUGCCUGUUACGUUUGCCGGCAGCAUCGAGAUCACCGGUGCCAAGCGUAGGCGUGCUAGCCAGGCCGUUCAGGGGUCCGUUCCGAGCCCCGGCGUCGGCCAUCACUAG